AUGCUGGGAGUCUUCAAGAAACGCUGGAAGCCCAAAAACAGGGUUACGAAAAGUGAAAACGGCGAUGAUCUGAUGUUGAGUUGUGGCAACGAAUACUCUGAACCGAUCAAUGCUUAUGUGCUUCCGGACUCACGUAUAUCCAAAUUAUGUUCGACCAGACAAAUGUAUCCGGUGUGUGAUAACAACUCACAUUAUUCAGUAACAUACGAAACACUAAAGCCGGUGUUAGUGUCGUCAGAUACGGCAUCCGUAGGAUAUGGAAAACUGGAAACUGUGCCGCCACCUAUUGGUGGAGUUUCGGGGAAAAUGUCGACCAUCAACGGUGGAAAUACAACUACCCCUAAUAUUUGUAUAGAGGGUGGCCGCAUUGAAUUCGUGAAAUCUCCAAUAGAUUGCGGUGAUGAAAAACAGGACUACUUGAAGGAGUAUAUGGAAGCGAAAAUCGUGCAGCUGGAAUCUGAGUUGGUCGCGGAACGGCGAAUCACGCAGAGGGAGAGGACGCUAAACUCCAAGCUUCAAAAACAAUUAGCUCGGGAAGCCAACGAACCGCGGUAUAAGCCGGUAAACACCGCCCUUUCCCCUCUCCCAAGACAUUACCCUACAGAAGGUAUAUCGUAA